AUGCCACUGUCGGAUUUUUGGAGCUCAUCGACGCCAGCGGAGCAAGCUGAGUUCGUGUCUCCAGCGGCAGAAACAGAAUCAGAAGGCAGCAGCAGCAAUGAGAGCAAUCUGUCCGGACAGCAGUCGGCGUCGGCUCCCUUGUCCGAUCAUGAUCAGGUUCAUGUUGAACAGCGGCCAGAGGUUGGCACCGAGCUGGCAAUUCUGAAGCGACAGGCGCGAACUGCGAAGGCCAGAACAGCUUCGCUGUUGUCGAGGCAGCGAAAGAAGCUGCUGCAACGAGAACCUUUCAAGCUGGAUGCGAAUACGGAUGUCGUAGCCGGAUUCCAGCGGUCUUAUUUCGCAGCUAAGCAGUCCAAGCACGGUUGGUGGGCUCCUUUUGAAGAGAUCUCAGAAGAGUCUAGAGGCACGUCGGAUGGCAAACGUCGCCGAGCAGUGUGGCUGUAUUUCAUAAAUAUUGCACGUGCUCUGAAACGUAUUUUGUUGGGAGCUGAACCCGACCAUGAUGGAGGACAUGAGGCUGCCGACGAUAGGCUCGCAGAUGGCACUGAGACCGCUGCCAGGGCUGGGGGUGUGCAAAGGCGCUGUGUGCUGUCUGUUAGUGUUGCCGACGACACAAAUAUAAAACUGGGAGACGGGCAGAACAACUCUACUGUGGUUCGUACAGUCUUGUCCAACGUGCAAUCGCAUCUUGUGUUCAGUGAUGAGGCAGCCUCAGAGUUGCCGCUCUGGUUUUAUCUCCAUCAACCCUUGAUAUCCCUGAAACGCGCAACUGCAGAACAGUUAUACCAUCAGUUCCUGUCAUGGACAUUGUCAUUUGCUGGCAAAGUGGGACAGCGUUGGAUGUCAUGGGGCCUUCCUGCCGACAUCUUUCAACAUGCACGGCGACAUGUGUUCAUUCUCGUGACAGACGCUCUCAAGAGCAACGACGCAGUUUUUUAUGAGCUGGCCAAGACAGUGCACCGACAAUCUGUCACAAGAACGGAACAGCCGGAACAGCGCAGCAAAUCGGACCAGCACUUGGCACUGCAGCACCAUUGCCUCAUACAUCAAGUUGCCCUUACCAGAAAGGCUCUGGCCUUAGGCUUUCGUGGCUAUUGGUCGACACUGGUCCGGUUUGGGCAUUGCUUUGAGUCAUUCGGCUUCAGGCAGCGAUUCCACGCAGCUAUGACCAAGGUGAUUUCGGAUUCUUUUGACUACAUACCGGUAGCAGCCCUUCCGGAAGAAGCGGCUGCGUGGAAAGCUGAGAAGAUAAAAUGCUUGAGGCUUCAUUCCGAUCGUUCCCACGCUGGUUCAGCUCACUCCGGUGUCUCAAAACGCUUGAAAGCAAAUUUGGCGAUCAUGUCCAAGGAUAACGGCGACCCAAGAAGCAAUAGCAUCAUCCACUGGUGUACUGGGAAAGAUUGCUGCCGGGGUGGUAAAGACGAGGCCUUGUCCCACUUGUUUCAGGCGUAUGGCCGCAAGUUUUCACACAUGUGCGUGCCAUUGCUGUACCGUUGGAAGCAUGCUACUGAAGCAAACAGCUUCAUUGCUGACGGUUUUUUCUGGCAUCGGAUACUGGUGCGAACGUUGCAAGGCCUUCCCGACACAAGUGAUGCGGAUAGAAUUGUUGAAGCUGUGAACGCUUGGGCCGAAGCUUUCCAAUCUGGCAGUGCGAGUGCAGACGCAGCUGAGCUGGGCAGGACAGUGGAAGAUCUUCUUGAGCAGGAUACAUCAUAUGCAGAGCAGAAUGCCAAGCGUCUUCGGUUAGUUUGCGACACCUUGGGCACUGGAGACUUCGAAAACAAAGUCAAAAUUGUAGAUUUCCUGCUAGGGCCCCUGGAUGCCAUUAUCAACAAGAUGCUUCGCAGGACCACAGUUCUGAAGCAACUCAGGUUCAACGAAACAAGAAAUGGUGAGACGCUGCAGGAGCUGAAAGACUACUCCCGUCUUGUGUUUCUAUCUUGGACUUCAGGGACAUUGGGCCGCGAGACAAUACGUUCUUUCCUGUCCAAUCUGCAGUCACUUGACCUGGCCACAUUUUGCCAUGAUUCCGAUGAUGUGUCGAUGAGCUGGACCUGUUUCGAACUGACACUUUUCGCCAUGUCAGACGUUUGGCGGCGAUGUUGCCAUGCAGUCUCAAGUUUUCCAUGGAUCUUAUUUGACUUGAGCAGCUGCAGCGAGUCAGACUUUUGCACGAAGUGGACAGCCUUUCGUGCAACCAUGCAGAGAUGCCCCGAAUGCGUGGAUGCAGGCUUCAGUGCUCCCCUUUUGCGUGCGCUUGAUGUCGCAGCAUUAGACGGCAGAGACAGGCAAGAGCGUGUGAAAGACGUUCAGCAGCUGCUGCUGGACAUAGCAACCUUCACCCCUUUGGCGACCGACACUGUGGAGAACUUGCAUGGUCAAAACCAGAGCCGCUUGUUUGUUUGGCGGGGGCGGGCACGGGGAAGCCCAGCUGCAGCAGAAAUUUCCGUACUUUCAGCACUGGCUUCCGAGCAUUUGCACUUGAAGACACUGAUCAUGCCAGCGACUAUGCCAAGCUCAUUUCGUAUCGCACAGAUGCAAAGGAACAUCGGUCGCAAACGCAAGGCGGCUGACACUGUGCUUCCACAUGCAAAGACUCGGCUUGCAGCGGCCACUUGCGUGGAGCCGCGUCGGCUGUCUGGCUGGAAUGUUUUUCUUCGUGAAGGGAUGCAGCAAUUCAGCAGCACAGAGUUAUCCCAGGAGGAGUACAGUGCCCAAAGUAGUGCCCUGGGAAGAAAAUGGAGGCUACUCGACCAGGAAGUGCGAGAGAAGUACACCAUCAAAGCCAAUUAUGAGCAGACUUGUCGGGAUGAAUUGCAAACACGAGCCUUGGCAGCUGGAAGCGGAUGGCAGAAGAGCUCCACGGGCUCAGAUGUUCCCGUGGGGGAUGUGCAGUCUGCAGACUCGCUUUCGACGUCUCAACUUGAAAAGGUUGCAGGAGAACAUUUUUGCAAGAAGAUAUCGGCCAAGCGUUUGGUGUUGAACGACGAAGAGCACACGGCCGAUCCAAGAUGGGCGACGUAUGGCCUGUCUUUGCAAGACAGACAUGGCGCACUUCGCCGAGAUCUCAUUGAUCUCUGCACCCCGCAACCAACAGUGGAUGCAGCCGUGCACAAUUGCAUGCAUGCAAAUCUCGAGGAGCCAGAAGAUGGCUCAUUUGCAAAUGACAAGGGCAUCCCGAGUAGCACUUGUCACAAACUGUUUGGGUAUUGCCAGCUGGAGAAAUUCCACAAUUUUUCGGCCAGGUUUGCCAAGCUGCUUGCAAAGGAAACCGUGCAACGAAAGCUGCCUGCUGGUUCUUUGUUGCGGUUGCAACCCAUGCGAGGUGGUUCUGCGCUAGCCAUCCCAGAUGAUCAAGCAUUUUUCUUGGGAGUUUUGUGUCAGAAGCCCCUGACACAAGUCUUGGUGAAGGCCUGGCCGGUGACUUCAGAAGGUGGCGCAGUUAGUUUUGCUGUGACAAGCGGCAGCGGCAGAGACAUGGAUGGAGUCCUCUUGCUUCCACAAUUUCACACGUCUUUUGAGAUCUUCAGAAACCUGGCUGUUUUGUGCGAUGGGGCUGUAGACGGGAUUACUGUGGAGAUCAUUCCUUGCUCCUUUGAGCAUCCUUUGAAUCAGUGGCAGAGCAUGCAGCAGCUGAAGGUUGUCGUUUCAUCGCAGCCGCCAAGCACAUUUACGUUGCAUGCAACCAGAGAGGAGGCCACAACGAGUGCAGCGCAGGUGCAGCUUCCUUUUGGCUUGAAGUUCCCCAAGAAAAAGCGUGCCAAGGCAAAGCCGAAAGCCAGAACAAAGAAGCCAGGCCCAGCUCGUGCCCGAGGGCGUGGCAGAGGGCGACGUCGGCGCACCGGUGAAUCAGUUUCCAGCAAGUCGUCAAAGUUAGAGUCUUCUUCAGCAGCUUCUGCAAAACCAGACAAUGAUGGUUCUGAUUCAAGAUCCGGUUCAGAUGAUGGAGCCGAUGGAGCUGGAGAAGAGGAUGAGGCAGUCGGAACACUUAUGAUGCCCACAGAUGAUGCACGGAAUGAGGAGAGAGAGCUAGCGCUUGCAGCUGGUGAUUUUGAGGAAACGCAGCAGAAGAAAGCAGUCCUGGCUGAUGCGCACAGGACAGGUGGAUCGUAUUUUUCAAAGGAGAUAGGUUUCGACGAGGGGUCACUGGCCCCAACCGGGAGGAGCAAAUGCCUGCACUGCUCCGGGCCCAUCUGUAAAGGUGCACCGCGCUUCUCCUACUUCUGGCAUGAAAGAAGACCCUCCAGGUACGUGCACGAUACUUGCGUGAGGCGCUUUGUACAGGAUGAUGUUGCAAAGGAAGAGCAGGCGAUCGUGGCAAUGAGGCAAAUUGUGCGAAGCACACCCGUGCCUGAAGUCAAGUCUGCAGCAGAGCGAGUGUUGUCGGCUCUUUUGCCAGAGGCAUCUGCUUCCUCAACGUAG